ACUUGUUCGUGGAUUCCGCUGACAAUGGUUGAGUCCUUGCUUUUAAAUUCCGCAUUGCUAGAGAUAAGAAUUCCAGCUCUAGCUUUGAAUUGUUCAUAUGCAAGUUCAGUAAUAAACAAAAUUCGGAAUCCACUUGCAGUUCGCAGAAUCCGCUUACAUUUGCGGAUUCCGCUUACAUUUUGCGGAAUCCAAAACGACUGGCUUUAUUCGCUUGCUGCCGAAUCCGCGACACAACAAAUGGGCCGACAAAAUUUAUGUUACACUCAUAUGUACUCGGAAUCCACGGAAGUUUUGUAAGUGGAAUCCACUUACAUUUUGGAACAUGUUUAAAGAUUAGUUUCUGGAAUCCAGGAACAUACCGACACAAAAUUGUGCGCCUAUCCAGUGCACAGUUUGGCCUCGUAAUGGUGGUGGAUACAGAAGAUGAAGUGAAACAAUAAUCUACUUCUGGCAGAGCUGUUGCAAUUGCUGUGCUAUCAGUUGGUCUGCUGUUUCGUCUCUCUUAUUGAUAUUUUUUGUCUGGUGGUGGGAUGGGACUGUUGUUGUUCUUCGGCUGCACCCUCAUUUCCUUCGGCCCCGUCUCCUCCCUCUUCGCCCUGUUCGUGUGUCGCAACCCCAUCCGACAAGUUCUCUUCUUCGUCGCCACCUUCUUCGCCCUUCUCACUGUCGCCAUCGCAUCACUCCUAUGGUUCGCCCUGUCGCCUCUGACUCAAUCGACGCUAUACACUCUGCCUGUAAGUGUGCUAUUGGUGGAGGCAGGGAGACUGUUGUCGUUCCACAUCACCGGCAGAGUGAAGGAGAACUUCUCCAGCCAGCUUAAUGAGUCAGAUCUCAAACUGAACAGUCGACAUGUCAUCAGUCUCGUGUUCGGAGUGGGCUUUGGCUUCGUGAGUGGCUUCAUAUCGAUGCCAGUCAUCCUGCAGCAACUAACUGGACCGGCAAACUUUGGACUCAUGUCGUCCCAUGGACAAUACUUCGCAGUUUGCUCCAGUGCUCUGUGCAUGUUUUUCACUCUGAUGAACUGCUGGUGGAAUGUGGUCUUCUUUGAGGCACUCCAGCUGCGGAACUACACAUGGGCUGUCGCUGUAGUAUCUCUCCACAUGCUAGCAUCCACUGCUACGUUCUUCAACAAAUUCGAGCUGUACUACGUGUCUAUCCCAGUAGUGCUCGGAAUAUUCUGUGUGAGUCUCACUUGGGCUCUUAGAGUGGCAGGGGUCACCAAACAGUCCCUCUACAACACCCUCACUCUAGCAGAUGCCCCAAUGGUCUCUUCUUCAUUCAGAAGCCAGAGAUCCUCAAACACACCGACGACACCGCACAACUGAAAUACAAUUACUGAAAUACUGAAAAAGAACUCUUUGCCAGUAUAGUAAUUCCCUUUAAAUUCAUAUGCCCUGAUUUCUUAAAAAAAUCUUUUUGUGAACAUGGGGCUCCUAGGGAAUUAUUCGAACGUUCUGCAGAUUAGAAAAUUCAUCAAGAGCUCUAACUCUAAAUAAAGUUGCUAUUGAUUGUAAUAUUUGAUUAGCUAAGUGUUUCAUUCAACCUUAACGUUAGUAUUUGACACUAGUUUCAAAGCGUCUAAGUUAUAGUUUGCUUGAAUUAUGUCGUGUAUAAAACGCUUUAUAUUAAUCUUCUUGUGUAUACUUUAUAUUAAUCGUCUUGUUCUUUUA